AUGGAGCUUGCCUCAGAGGAUGAAUUGAACGAAGUUGUUCAGCAAAAGGCCGGAGACGGCCAACAGCUGUUUCUAUCUUCCUCAGCCUCGAAGCGUUCUCAGCAGGAUCCACGGUUAAGUUCCGAGCUCAAUGAUAAUGGCACUCCCCUCUCGAAGAAGAGUCAACCACCGAAUAAACGUCUAUCCGAUACCCUUGAUGCCUCGAGUUCCUCCGAGGACGAACUCCAGCUCGUCCAUGAACCGUCGAGGAGACCAACUCCUCCUGCAGCGCAAAGACAGGAAAGCGUGCAGCAUGAUUUAAUGAGCGACGAUGACAGUCUGUCGUCGCUCUCUUCUCCUCCGUCCACAGUGGAAUCCUUACGCGAUUCAGGGGCCGAGAAGGUGGACACAAAGAACAAUGAACAACAAGCGGAGAAGAAUAGGCUUGAAGAAUUGGUUCCGCCGUUGGAGAUUCCGGAGGAAAUAAUGCGGGAGAUGUCUCAACCGACCCGACGAUCGCUGAGGCAGAGGAACCCCAUCCAGCUCCAUCCUUAUCUCCUCGAAGACGCUCGUUACCAAAGUCUCCUCAGAGCCAGCGGAAUCAAACCAGUGCGAAUACCCAACCUGCACCACGGUUCCAUCCACAAACAGGAUGAGAGUCAAGAAAAUGAAUUCGUCGACGUUCCUGAACCUCCUUCGAGCAGCCCACCUGCGGAGUUUCAGUUUCCUCCUUCUUCACCACCAUCAGAUCCUUUUGCGUCCCCUCGGGCCAAGUCACAGCGGCGUACUCCUAAGUCAGCCCCUCGUCGAACGGGCGCAAUGAGCAACAAUGGUGGUCAUGCUCAUAAGCGACGGAAGCUUUUCCAUGCUGGAGAGAAGCGAGGUCGUUUACAGCGCAGCAACUCAAAUAUGCAAGUGGUCAUUGAGAAUAAAUCUCCAUCUGAACAUUCUCGACAUGGAUCAGUCUUUGAUAUCCCUCCCUCUCCCCCGCAUUCAGGCAGCUUGUCCUCUGCAGCAACCACGCACGCAGAUGGGUUUCGCUUCCCCCCUGGCUUCACGCCUCCGGCGCUGACUACCCCUGUCACGGAUUCGAAAUCGAAAGGUCAAGAUGCUGAUGACCUCAGUCUUCAAGAGUGGUCGGAAGUUGAUCCGCCACAGGACAGUGACGAAAGGGUUUCCGACAAUGAUCAAGGCCCUGCUGACCAGGAAGAAACGGAUGAUGUGGAACUUGAAGUCGAGUGGCUGCGGCGGAAAAUUAAGGGUGUUCUUCCGGCUUCGUGGUUACGGCUCGAUUUGAAGCAACAGGAAGAGAGGCGCCUGAAGUCUUCUCAAAGGCGGAGAGAAGCUCAUCCCGCAAACUCGAUGGAGCCUACAAAGGGCGUCGCCAGAAAAAUUACCAGGCCAAAAGACAGUUCUGUUGUGUCCCCUAGCCACAGACGCAUAUCCAAUUUCGCGUUGGACUUGUCAGAUUCAGAAGAUUCUCCGUCAGAUGCAGGAGAUGCUCGUUCAGAUAAGGAUGAUUCCCGUCAAGCUCUCGCAGGACUGGUGGGAUUUGAAGAUCCUUUCAAUGAUGUGGCAGAUGACGAUAUUCCAGAGGACAACCGAAUUGAUUACAUGUUCCCAUCGACAUCCCGCAGUAAGAUCACGUAUGGGAACAAAAAGCAACGCACGAAGCAGCGGAAUAUUGAUCAGGGGAGGAUGAACGUUCAGCCUCUCCGGAGGAAACACCACUUAAAGCGUCAGACGAGGAUUACAGACACUAUGCCCCGACAGCGAACAAAAAGUCGAUCUACUCCUAAGCCACCGAAACUGGGCAUAUUGGACGCGCCUGACGUGGCUCAACGUCCUCGCAAGGAUCAACCAUUGUUCCUCAGAGUAGCGGCUAGGCAGGCACGUUCUCGCCGGGACCGAGGCAGAAAAAGCCCUAACCGUAAAUUCUUCAAACUGAGUACCAGGGAUGACACAGAAGAUACGAACAGGCUAUUGCAAGAUUGGAAAAGGGGUGCCAUUCAGCAAGUGAAAAUACCAGAAUCUACGUCCAAGGGACUUCAUCGACCUCCUUUAAGCGAUAUUGCUGCCAAUGCACGAGUCGAUUUCGAACAUGGUCCCCAAGGGAGAGAUGCUGGUGCAUCGAGUGUGGAUCCGCGAUCAAAAUGGAUAGACGAUCUGGACUCUGAUUCAGAAAAUGAUUUGCGUGCUGGGCAUUCCACCGUGUCAACCCAGGUCAAGAGGUUGCAAAGUACAAUUGAUUCCAGUAAGCCCAAUCAGCCAAAGCGAUAUGGAGACAAGUGGAUUAUCCCCCGAGCCUUUGCCGUGUCUUCUUUGAAGAGGAACGCUCCACGACCUGCCGAGUUUGAGGAAGUUAGCUCGCACAGUGUCAGGUCUCCGUUGUCGUUCCGACAGUCGCUAGCGGCAUUGAAUCGAACAUACCAACGUACGAAUCUGCCGACAAAAUUCAAGCCUAGUUUGACUCUGGAUCGAUUUCUUUCCGAUGAUACUCCAGCAGCUGCUCCCGUGCGACCUGUUCCAGAACCUGCUAAAGUGGCGACUCCCAACUCUGGACCUUCGCCUCUACCUCCGUCGAGAAAUGUGACAAGAAAGCGUCUGAAGAAACGCCCGCCGAAGCGGAUCGAUGUAGAUAAUGCCGAACACCAACAGCCAUUGAACAUCACGUUCGACAACUCUCGUGCUGCCUCGCCGGUGUCAGUUGAUGAUUUCCAAGUUGCAGCACCGGCUCUACAAGGACUGAGUGGUUGCAAGUCGUCAUUUACUGUGGAUUUCAAUGUUUCGCCUCUUCGCAUGGGAACUUUCUUCCAUAACUCUACAUUCAUUGGAAGUGGGGAAUUUACACGUUCCUUGGAGCUUCAAAAGAGAGAUUUCGAUCAAGAUGCUGGCCAUAGUUACAUUCAACUGGAAGAGCAGAGUUUCCGAUGGAGCGCAUGGAAUGACACAGUGUCCUCCGAACUCGGCGUUGUGUUUGAUUGCUUCACUAAGGAGACCGAGUCACUCAAUCCUGCUGGACAGGAGACGGUGUUGGAGACACUUAAUGACCACGCCGGAAACCUUUACCGAUCUGUUGUCAAAUACGUGACUGAUAAGCUUUGCUUUACCGAUCCCGUUGAUAGGACGGCCUUUGUUGAUAGGUCCAUCUAUCUGGUGUCGAAACUGAACGACCACAUCACUACAUUUGUGCCUAUUGCGCCGGGCAAUUGGAGACGCUGUUUGAGAAUCGCUAGUUUCAAUCUGGUCUUCGCCAACCAAGUCCAACAGGUGGCCUCUCAUGAUCUAGUUGGGAGACCGAAAUGGGAGAAAUCUUUGAGCGUGGUAAGGGAUGUUUCCCAGCAGUUGCUUGCACUCGUUUUCAGCCAACCUGGUCUCGCGGAAAUCCGCCGUUUCCUGGACGAAAACAGAUUGCAGGAACGACGGGAAGCUGGAAUACGUGAUGACUUUCCCUCAGUUGAGGCUUAUGUCAUUUCAUAUCAGAUAUUGCACAGCUUGGAUGCCUUCAAGGGAUGGUUUGAGGAGCUCUUGUCCUCAGCACUACUGCCUGAUGAUAUCUCAUCUGUAAGAGAUGUCCAACGCCUGGAAGACGUCUGGCGGGCGAUUUUCACGACACUUCCACUUGAAGAACUGGAUCGUUUCGGAAUCGGUCAGCCUGGGUCACGGUUCCAACGACCUCACGGCAACUGGUCGAUAGUAAAGCGACUAGUCUCGAAGGUCCUGGCCUACUACGAUUCCGACUCUCCAGCGCCACCAGCCUCUCUUAAUAAUUACUGCCGGACUAUCUUUCACCGAUGUUUCCAUUUGAUAAAUUCUUGGGGGUGGCGGGACUGCAAAGUCAUCCUUGAUACUCUCUUUGACUUCUUUGCCAAGAACACGCUUCACAAUUUGAAGAACGAAGAGUGCUUCGGGUCGCCAUCUUUCCUCGAUAGGCUUGACAGUAACCCCUCUCUCGAGGUUCAGAUAGGAGAUUCCUGCUUUCACAUCCUACUAAAAAUCAUUGGAAGUGGCCUCCGAUUCCUCACUGGGAUAUACGAUAACAAGAAGAUCAGGAAUUUUGCCUGGCGCCUCUUACCAAACCAUGGGCGCGUUUAUCCCAAAGACCGACCGCUUCGUCAGGAAGAUCUAGACGCGUUGAGAAACCACCAUGAUCUGCUGUGCACGCUUUACUGGGCUGUUCCCGACGGAUGCAGGCCUCGGGUCGAAACGAUACGCAAUCUUGUUGACCCUGCUAGCUCGCAUCAAGAAACCUGCAGUCUAAGCAUACGCUCAUGGAUGAGACUAGUGCGGUUCAAGUUGUCGACUAACGAGGACGUAUCUGGAUUAGAGCCCUUCUCCGAUUGGCACAGUCAUUUUGUAUCUGAAUUGGUCAGGCAGCAUUCUCUUGCCAGGACUGAGGUGGAGUCACAGGCGCAUGGCAACAUUCAGUUCUCUCGGAAACUGGUCGAGUCGACCAUUGCUCAGAAUCAGCGCCAAAUCGAGUCCUUAUUGAGUUCUGCUCUUGGAGGGCUGAAAGGCGCCAUUGAAGCCGCACGAUCUCUAGAGCAAGCACGCGUGCUUGUGUCUCGAAUGCCCAUCACGAGAUUGCUUGGCCUUUUCAAUCCGCAGCUGGCUCGAGUUAACGGUACGGUAAAGGAGACUCUCGAAGUUGUGAUGACCUAUAUUCGGAAAGAUGAGGAUGAUCCUCCAUCAGCUGCCGCCAUUGCUGUGAAUGAUGACAGCCAAGAGUAUGGCGAUUGGACAGGCAUUGAGGCAAUGUGUGAGGAUGUACAAGAAUCUCCUCAGCCAAGUGCAGCGAUUCAGCAUGUGGAGAAUGUGUUUCAGCCUGCUGUCUCUCGCCUUAUAUCGAAUUGUUUCGGCGAAGAUCACUGCCCUGAAGAUGCGAUUCUCUUCACUGCUAUCGACUGCUGGACUUCCAUCGCGCAGAUUCUUGUUAAGCAUCGUCUGCAGCAUUGGGAGAGCUACCUCAGCCCGUACGGUUCGCACUCGUGGAUGGCACUUCGAGCGACCGCGCAGACCAAGAAGUUUACGCCUCAGUUCUUGGCGAGUUGCAUCGAAAAGGACAGCCAAUUCUACUCUGAAUGCAGGGCGCAAGUGCUCAGCAUGUGGAUGUCGUGCUUGGUAGAGAGAACCUCGAUGCUUAAGUUCCAACAUCGCCUGACAGAGGCUUUGCUGAAUAAGGAUUCUGAAUCCGCCUUGUUCAGAAAUUUGCCUUUCUAUCGGGACAGAAGAGAUGAUCGAUAUCAUGUCACCCUUAGCGAAUUUAGCGAAAGGAGACUGUCUCUUAUUUCUAGUCUUUUAUCAAACAUGCGGGAGCACCUGCAGGAGGUUGAAGAUUCUGGUGGUCUGGGUUUGGCCAGCAUUCGCGACGAGUACAGAGAACUAGUGAUGACGCUUAUGGCAUCGAUGAAGGCGAACUACCAAGAACUGGGUCACUCUGGCGGUUCGGCGCAAGGGGCCUAUGUUGAUUUUGUCCACCGUGUUGUCGGGUUUUUGCAACAGCACACGCAGAAUAUAUGCCCCAUUGACAGGUUCUUCACCGAGCCGACGUCCUUCCCACUUCCGGCAAACGACCCAACAUACAUCGUGGCCAGGUUGAAGAGUUAUGGCGUCAGACUUUCGGCGGGCAAGGUGGCGAAGCAGCUGGUCAUGUUUUUGCAGAGUGUCUCCGAACGUGCAGCUGUGGAUGGCCAGCAAAGUUAUCUCGUCGAGCAGCUCUGUGCGUGUAUGGCGGACACAUACGAGAGUGGGAACCCGAAUAGGCCAACAAUGCGCUCGUUUCUUAUGCAGUGUGUCUUCCCGGCUUACAUCGAAUGCGCAUUCAGUAAUGCAGCGGCUUGGAUCCUUGCUCGGCCUAUUCUUCAAACCAUUUCGCGGACCUUUACCAACUUGCUCUUCGAUAUGGAUGGCACCGAUGCCAGUUGUACUUCGUCGUUGACAAACAUCUUCAGCGCAAUUUUUGAGUCUGUCCAUCGAGCGGUGCAUCUCCUUGUCGACCACCCUGGGUUUCUUGAGGAGCCACCAGUACUUGUCACAGUGGCGUUGUUUCUCGAGAUGAUAACCUCCGCGUUGCCCAUGAUCGAUUAUUUGAACCGAAACUCGGUUCUGCCAGCUGACCUCCUUGGCCAGUUGCAAGUUUUCCAAAAAUUUACAAUGUUUGCUAUCUCCACGUUGUUUGAACCGUCCAUGGCGGUAGACCCGGAUAUUGAUGAUCCUUCCGAGACCUUAGGACAAUCCCUCAACGGACGCGACACGGGGAACCCUCCUUACUUUCAGGAAGCCCGCACUUUUGCAGCUCGCGAGCUUCAAGCGUGGCUGUGCAGCAGCUGGUCACGGCACGAGGGGCGAUAUUUCAUCUUGCGCGGCCAGCAAGCGAAGGAGAUUGAGAUCGGCGCAAUAAAGGCGGAGGUUGAGUCUCUGGACGCUGCGAAGGAAACGUUUAUGCACGCAGCAGAGACCUUUUUGGAGAGGCUACGAUACCUCGACAUUUUUGAUGAGAACGAUGCGGAGCCACCCCGGCCGUCAACCGCAUUUUAUCUAAGGUUAUGUUAUGCGAAUGGCACGAGAAUCAUGAGAUGA